AUGGCGACUAAUUCAAGAAAUGAAUUACCUUCGCCAUCAACAUUUGAACAUGUACCUCAUCUUAUUUCACAAACUAGUCUAGCUUCGGAUAGUUUUUCAUUACCAACAACAACUACUAGUCCUCGUAAUUCACGUACAUCAAUUGAUAUAAUCCGUGAAAUGACUUGUUCAUCACCAUUACGACAGGAUUAUAUGAAUUUAACUGUACUUGAUGUUUAUGAUGAAGCAGCAUUAAUAGGAAAAGAUUUUGAACGUAUUAUUGAAGUUUAUGGAACAGAAAUAAUUCGUGAUCUUGUACCAAAAGUAAUUCGUAUACUUGAAUUACUUGAAUUACAAGCAACUAAAAAUGAAAAAGAAGCAGAUAAAUUCAUUGAAAUGAAAUCACGUAUUACACGUUUAGAAAUGGAAAAAAAUGAAACACGUGAAUUACGUGAAAAAUUUAAUCAUGAACUUGAACUUAUUGAAGAACAAUGGCGAAAAGAAGUUAAUAAAA